AUGGCAAAUGAGCAGUUAGAGUACAAGUUCAUUCCAACUUCACGUAGAGGGAGGUAUCUCUGUGCAGAUGGAUACAAGUUUAGAGUGAAUCGCAAACGCAAUGCUGCAUCGUGGACGUCAUGGAUGUGCCUAGACAAGAACUGCACUUCAACUAUUUCUACAGUUGACGACAUCAUCACCAAACGUCCUGGCCAACAUAACCACGGACCGGUUGUGCCCGAGGCUGUUCCGACUCCAUCUGGAAGUGUGUUCCAAGGUCCCACGAAUACGUUGUCCUCAGAGGCACAGAGAGCGCCUCCCAGACGUCGUGUUCCAUUCUCCAUCGAGGACAUCAUGAAGUCAGAUGACGUCCAGACCUCAGAGCCCAGCAUCACAGACAGGACUUCAUUAACCAAACCGGAAGCAGCAUUCUUCACCACCUCCAGUCCUACCCUGAGUUACCCCCUCAGUCUCCAGACCCGUACAGACACGCCCCAACCAUCAGCCUACUACCGGUUAGCCUGUGUCCAUCACCGAGAACAACUGGAUGUCCGGAUUCUGAAGACGAGCACGCUUCCAUCAUCAAGCGAUGCUUAUGGUCAGGAAGAAGAUCAUGUCUCUGUGGAAACAUCCUCCAUUACCGAGGAAGAAGAAAUUGUGUCAGAGCUGUCCUCACCAAAGACACUGGAGGAAGACUGUGUCUCCGCGAAUCCGAGGAAGAACUACAACGAGAAGCAAGCGAGGAGGUUGAAGCAGGUGUUUCUGGAGAACAAAUACCCUGAUGUAGAGUUGUAUGAAGAUUUGUCCCAGGAGCUGAAUAUUCCAGUAAAGAGAUUAAAGGUGUGGUUUCAGAACAGGCGAUCACGCAACAAGAGAACAUCCGACACCAAGAUGAUGAACUACCCUCUCCAGCAGCAAAACAUGGCGGCCAUGUUGUCGUCUGCUCCAGGAUACGGCUACACGCCUCCCAUGAUGCACCAGCCCAUGUAUCAGUACCCAGCACCCAACGUACCGAUGAUGUACCCUCCCAGUCUGUACCCAGGGUAUCCCUACCCGUUCCACUAUCAGCAGUGAAGGAGCUGA